UUGGAAGAUUCAUUUGGGAAAUGUGGCAAGAGUGACCCUUUGAGAUGCUGAGGAAGCAGAGUGGGGAGUCCCUGUGGCAUGGGAGAUAAUGACGUAAUCAAUAAAGAAAUCCUUGUUCCUUUGAGCAUUUAGCACAAUUCUGGUAAUUCACGGAAACCCAUGAUCCAGAAUAUGUUACACCCUUGAAUGUUGGGAGGAAUUCUGCCUACCUGCCUGCCUUGUGUUCCUUUAACCACGUUUGGGUCUGACCCAAUGAAAUUAGUGUGGUCCUCCAAUAUGGGAAAAGGGUUCAGUUCCUUCCUUCCGUGAUUCCUUCCUUCUCUUAUCCUGUCCUUCUGUGUUUCCUCCCUUCCAUCUUUCCUUUCUUCUUUCCUUUUUCGCUUUGUUUACCUUGAGCCAGAGGUAUGCGGCUUCAUGUCUAACCUUUUGCUUCUUCUUUCUUGACCAGGACAUGAGAGUUCUUUGGAGCCACCCCUGCCGUGAUGGGAAAUGAACCAGCUUCUAGUAGAUAUUAAGGAUUUUGGAAACCAAAGUGCAGUAAGAAAACCAGUCCUCUAGGAAAAAGGAUUCCUCUCAAGGGGCUGAUCCUGCUGAAUUCCUACAUUCACUUUGGAUUAUAGAGUAGAACCAUAGAGUCGGAAGAGACUGUGUGAGGCACCCAGUCCAGGCCUCUGCCGUGCAGGAAAAGUGCAAAGUACCCCUGACAGAUGAGCAUCUAGCCUCUGUUUAAAGGAUUCCAAAGGAGCCUCCACUACAUUUUGAGGCAGAGAGUUCCACUGCUGAACAACUCGUACAGUUAGGAAGUUCUUAAUGUUCAGGAGGAAUCUACUUUCCUGUAAUUUGAACCCAGUGCUGUGAGUAACCAGAAAGGGAAAAACAAGAGUCAAGUGUCCAUAUUGGAAUUAAAUGUACAUAGCACUGUUGACAUGGAGGAGAAAGCAUAUAAAUGUAUCGAAUGUGGAAAGAGCUUUAGUCAGCAUGGAAAGCUGAAGAGACAUCAAAGGACUCACACUGGGGAGAAACCCUAUAACUGCCUGGAGUGUGGACAGAGCUUCACUGAGAAUGGACACUUACAAAGACAUCAAAGGACUCACACUGGGGAGAAACCCUAUAACUGCCUGGAGUGUGGAAAAAGCUUUGCUCAUAAUUCAACCCUCCAUGCACAUCAAAGGACUCACACUGGGGAGAAACCCUAUAUAUGCCUGGAGUGUGGACAGAGCUUCACUCAGAAUGGACACUUACAAAUACAUCAAAGGACCCACAGUGGGGAGAAACCCUAUAAAUGCCUGGAGUGUGGACAGAGCUUUUCUGCUAGUUCAACUCUACGUAAACAUCAAAGGACACACACUGGGGAGAAACCCUAUAACUGCCUGGAGUGUGGACAGAGCUUUGCUGAUAGUUCAACUCUACGUAAACAUCAAAGGACUCAUACUGGGGAGAAACCCUAUACAUGCCGGGAGUGUGGACAGAGCUUUGCUCGGAGUGCAGGUCUGCAUUCACAUCAAAAGACUCACACUGGGGAGAAACCCUAUAACUGCCAGGAGUGUGGACAGAGCUUUGCUCAUAGUUCAAGUCUACGUGGACAUCAAAGGACUCACACUGGGGAGAAACCCUAUAAAUGCCUGGAGUGUGGACAGACCUUCGCUCAGAUUGGAACUCUACAUUCACAUCAAAGAACUCACACUGGGGAGAAACCCUAUACAUGCCUGGAGUGUGGACAGAGCUUUGCUCAGGGUUCAGGUCUACGUUCACAUCAAAAGACUCACACUGGGGAGAAAGCCUAUAUAUGCCUGGAGUGUGGACAGAGCUUUGCUCAUAGUUCAAGUCUACGUGAACAUCAAAGGACUCACACUGGGGAGAAACCCUAUAAAUGCCUGGAGUGUGGACAUACCUUCAGUCAUAGUGGAUAUCUACGUAAACAUCAAAGGAUUCACACUGGGGAGAAACCCUAUACAUGCCUGGACUGUGGAAAGAGCUUUACUCGUAGUUCAGGUCUACGUUUACAUCAAAGAACUCACACUGGGGGAAAACCAUAGAAAUGCAUGGAGUGAGGACAGAGUUUUUCACAGAAUAACAUUAUACAUAGACAUCAUAGAAUUCACCCUGGAGAGAAUGGUGUUAAUUGACACCAGAGUGUCAUUCUAACACGUAGAAAAGCAACUCUUGCAAAUUUUCGAAAUGCAAGCUCAAAGUUGGGACAUUUCAUCACAUGUGGUGUAUUGUAGAAAGAUUGUUCCCUCACUUAUCCCGGGGGUUAGGUUCCAGUACCACUCGCAAUAAGUGAAAAUCCGCGAAGUAGGGAUGCUAUAUAUUUCUACAUUAUUUUAGUAGUUAUACACUAUUUUAAGUCUUUAUCAAGAAAUUAUGUGUUGAUCAAUCGCCGCCUCCUCCUCUUGUUGCCGCUUGGGCUCCUUUUCUCUCCCUUUGGCUUCUCCUUCCUCCCUUCCUUAGGCUGUACAUUGUAAUUUUUUUAUAGUAGUCUUUUAGAGUUUAUUGAAAAACCGCAAAACAGCGAAUCCGCAAAGAGCGAAGUAGUGAGGGAACUCUGUACGUUCCAUUCUGGAAGUAAUUAUAUUAUCUAAAGGGAGUAGAAUAAUGAGAGAUAAAAAUUAACAGAUAGAACGAGGCCUUUAGGCAUUUAUCCCUGUCGUUUGUUAGUUCAGCUGUGUGUCUAUGAAGGUAACUGUUUCGCAGGUCUGUUUGUUUCUGAUUUAGUUUUGUAUCUCAUGUAGUAGUUAGUUUCAUGUGUAGUUGAAGCAUUAUAUACAAUUUCUGCCUUUUUUGUAAUGUUGCUUUUAAUCUCUCUUUUUUAUUUAUUUUUUGCCACAAAGAGGGGGAUUUAUAAGGGACAAAACUGCUGAAACUGUCAACUUGUUUUGUUCUGAACCCAAAGGUUUCCUGUUCUUUGGAUGCCGAGUGUUCAGGGAAGAGUGGGGUCUGUGAGAUCAGUGAGUAGAAAACAUGACACAAUUUAGAUAAUGGUUUGUGACACAACAACAACCCUUGUAGUAGUCAAUGGGAUAUUCUGUAUGCCUUCUUUAAUGUCAAGUAAGAUAUUGUGCUCAGAUACAAAGAUUUAUAAAGGAAACACCACAAUGGAUAUAAAACAAUGGGAAGCGCGGGAAGCAGAUUAUGUGUGCUCACCACACCUCACACAGAUAGGACCACGUGUGCUAUAAACAUGGAAGAUGUGAUACAUUCACACCAGAUACAGGAAUGGGAUGUCUUGGUGUUACUACUGUUCAGCUAAUGUUAUGGUCUGAUGGAAAUAUAAUAGAACCCGAUAAACAAACAUUCGGUUGAAAUGUAAAUGUAACAUAACCUUUGUUCAAGAUGAUGAAACUGGGAAUUUGGUGUACGUGAUGGAGAAUGGAGACAGUGAAAUAGACUUGAAGUUUAAAAAGUUAUCCAUAAAUAUAAGAUAAGGAAUUAAUUUGGAAAAAUUAAAUAUACUAGUAAAAACGAAUCAGCAGGUGAAGAAACAUUUGGAGAGUUAUGAGGAAAGAAGUAAGAAAGGUUUUCUUAGGAUCCAAGAGGUUGAUGGAGAACGUCAGAGCGUGGCCGCAGAAGGAAGCAGCCCGACAGAACGUCACUGGUGUGAUGAAAUCAACGGAUAUUCACCCAAAGCGGCAGCAGCAUGUUUACAUCUAUUGAUGCACCCAAUAGUAAGGUGAGGGCUACAAGGAGGGACUGAUCGAUUUUCUGUAUUUGAAAACAAAUUGCAAUACUUAGAAACGCAAUUGUGAACUGUGAUGUAUGUUGACUCUAUUGAGAGGGUUGAUGGGCCAAAGGGCCUGCAUUUCUAUUCUAUUUCUAUUCUAUUUCUGAUUGCUUUUAAUUAUGCAUUAUUAAGGUGUCUGCUUCAACUUAUUCUAUUAAAGAUGCAACCUGCCUUCUUCCAGAGGAGAGGCAAGUGUCCGUAUGUCGCCACUAUGUUUCCGGAACAUCUUGUGGUCGGCCGAUGUGGUUAAUGUGGUUAAGCUACUUACUGGAACAUAAGUGAACAACAUGUUUUUCUACAAAUGUUGUUCAUGAUAAAGGAAGCACGCUUGCAACACUCUGUACUGCUCCAAAGAAAUGAGGAACUUCUUAGUUGUAAACAAGUGCAUUAUAUAUUGAGCUUCAUUUCCAAUGUUCUUCACGGCGGUCACCUUUGAUUUGUCCGUCCGUCUAUACUGCAGUAUAAUAAAGGUACUUGUUUUAAACUC